AUGGGUGAUAUACAAGCUUCAAUAGGAGCACUUAUUGUUAAACAAUUAUGUACUAAUUGUAUAUUAGGCAUAGAUUUUAUUAACAAAUAUAAAUUAAUUAUUAACACAGAAGAUCAAACAAUAUCAAUAUGUGAGAAUGAAAAGCGUACAACAUUAAAAAUUGAUAUUAACUCAAAUAAUGUUCGUUUUCCUACCCGUUUAAUCAACAAUAUUAAAAUUUCAUCAAAACGAACUAUUUCUGUUCAUGUAUCUAUUAAUUUGUCAUCAGUAAAUGCUCAUAUUAGUACAUUAAUUCAACAUAUUACUAAUUCUGAACAAAAUGAAAAAGUUAAAAUUGUUUUACUUCAAAAUACGAAAUUAUUUGAUAUCAGUAAACCAACGAUUGCUCUUACUUUAAAACCACAUGAAAUUAAAACACUUGAUCAUUCACCAUCAAUAUCAAAACCAUAUUAUUCAACUCUACUUAAACAAGAUGAAAUGUAUAAAAUUACACAAGAAUUGUUAUAUUUUAGAUUAAUUUGUUCAUAA